UAUUGUGAUAUUAGAGGUCUGCAGUGUUCCUGCCUAAUACUGAGCUUCACCAUGAGCACAGCCCUGCACAACCCCCUCAAAUCCCUGGGAGAAGAUUUCUACCGGGAAGCGAUUGAGCACUGUCGCAGUUACAACGCGCGCCUUUGCGCAGAGAGAAGUAUGAGGCUACCAUUUUUAGACUCCCAGACCGGCGUGGCACAAAAUAAUUGCUAUAUCUGGAUGGAGAAAACACACAGGGGCCCAGGUCUAUCGGCCGGACAGAUUUACACUUAUCCCGCACGCUGCUGGAGGAAGAAGAGGCGGUUGGAUAUCUUGGAGGAUCCUCGUCUGAGACCCUGUGAGUUCAAAUUUGACUACGAAGUCCCAUUGAAGAAGGAGAGCAGUUUGCCGGAGGGACCUGUAUUGGAAGCUCUGCUCUGUGCAGAGACCGUGGAGAAAAAAUUGGAACUAAAAGAAGAGGAGGCAGUCAGUGACUGUCAGAAGCCACAAGUAGGUGAGGCCCCGCAUGAAUUAGAAGGAGAGGAGUUAGAAGAAGAUACCCCAAAACGCAAGAACAGAGCAAAAGGGAAGGCCUGUGGUAUUGGAGGGAUGAAAAAAAGACAAGAUCCAUCAACAUUAGAAGAGAGAGACAAACCCUAUGUGUGUGACAUAUGUGGGAAGCGCUAUAAGAACCGUCCUGGACUGAGUUACCAUUAUACACACACCCACCUGGCUGAGGAAGAAGGGGAAGAGAAUGCAGAGAGAUAUCUUAUACCAUUCCAUAGGAAAAAUAACCAUAAACACUUCUACAAAGAGCUCAACUGGAUCCCCGAAAUGCAGCCCAGGCACACAGUUAAGAAAGCUCCAGACGGCUCCGUUAUUGCCAACGGUUAUUGCGAUUUCUGUCUAGGAGGUGCCAAGAAGACGGGGUGUCCGGAGGACCUUAUCUCAUGUGCAGACUGCGGUCGCUCUGGUCACCCGUCCUGCUUACAGUUUACUGUGAAUAUGACAGCCGCUGUAAGGACCUAUCGCUGGCAGUGCAUUGAAUGCAAAUCCUGUAUCCUCUGCGGAACUUCUGAAAAUGAUGACCAGCUUCUCUUCUGCGAUGACUGCGAUCGAGGGUAUCACAUGUAUUGCUUGAGUCCACCCAUGUCUGAGCCCCCUGAAGGUAGCUGGAGUUGUCAUCUGUGCCUGAGACAGCUUAAGGAGAAAGCGUCUGCCUACAUCACCCUGACUUAGACAGACUGACCAUCAAGCUAUACGGACAAAGAGAUUCUCACUGCAUCACCCCCUUGGUCCUGCUCAGUCCCAGAAUCCUCUGCUUUAGCCCUUGCAAGACUCCGCUCCUAAACCACGUACUAACCGGCAGAGCUCAGAGUAGCUCUAUGGUUCCAGCUAUGUGAGUGUGACGAUACUUUGAGGUACACAGUGUCCCCGUCUUAUUUAUUCCCCAGGCUCAAACUGGAUCACCAACGUUGACUUUUCAAACCAGAUUCCAGAUUUCAACUGAUGGAGAAUUGGGGCUCUUUGUGAAGCAUCUGCCCCUCCCCCCCACCCCCCCCAAUGUGCGUUUUAAACAGACUGGGGUCCAGAGAGAGCUGGAACAAAGCUUCGUCCCCAAUCUGUGUCACUGUGUAACCGAAUCGUAUUUAACGCAGUCAUGGGUGAAUCAAGUUGAGAAAUUCAGUUUGGUUUUAAUUCCAGUUACAAGGUGUAUUAUUUUACAGUUUGUAUGUAAAUAAAUGUAGGGUGUGUGAGGCUGUGA